ACUCUGCAACUUCGCAAGUAUUUCUACCUGUCCGCUGGUUUGACAUGAACAACAUUUGCAAGACGUUGUGUCCGAAUGUAAAUAGUGCAGUCUCUCGAUGUCUGUACGGAUCCUCAUUCAAAUGAGGGAAACAGGAGUUGUUUGGGGGUUAUCGCUGCUGCGUGCGGUUUGGAGAUACGGAUAUCACCUCUGCAACUGGCACCCAGAAAGGCACCUUCAAAGGCAAAGGAUGAGGGUAGCAGCUACUGAAUCAGUUAUGGACACUCAAUAAUAUGGAUGUUCCUGGACAGACCAAAGAACAUUGCCUGAGGGAAUGGUGGAAGUGACUGUUUCAAACUGCUAAAAAAAAAAACCCGACCUCCAUGUGAAAACACUUUGGUGAUAAUUUCACAACGAUUAAUGGCAUGUUCUCCAUCUAGCUUGCAUUUGCUCUUGUAGCACUGACUUUAUGUCCUUGACUUGCAAGCACAGCUCUCAGAGAGGUUACAAGACUAGCCAUAAAAUGUAAAAUUUUAUGAGAUUUGUGACACAUCAGACUCACCAUGCUACAGUGUGGGCUACAGUGUUACGAUCGCAACAUAACACAUGUAAGCUAAAAAUAAACCUCUUGAACCUUUUUUCUUAUUCAUAAUUAUGGCUUGAGUUCAGACCUUAGGAAGCUCAGCCAAUCUUAAUGAUUAUAUAAGUCUCUGAGGAGCCAAUGAGAUCAUGUGUAACAUCUCAACCUCAUGCAAUGUUGACUCGAACAUUGACCAGUUCUUCCAGCCAGUGCUGUAUAUUAUUGUCAUCGUUCUUGGUUUCCCCACAAACUGCAUGGCCCUUUGGGCUGCUUACAUGCAGGUCAAACAGAAGAAUGAGCUGGGUGUCUACUUGAUGAACCUCUCUGUGGCUGACCUCCUGUAUAUAGCCACGUUGCCACUUUGGAUAGACUAUUUCCUUCACCAUGACAACUGGAUCCACGGCCAAGGGUCAUGCAAGCUAUUUGGUUUCAUCUUCUACACCAAUAUUUAUGUCAGCAUUGCCUUCCUUUGCUGCAUAUCAGUGGAUCGUUAUUUGGCAGUAGCUCAUCCCCUUAAAUUUGCCAAAGUUCGUAGGGUCAAAACAGCUUUGAUGGUCAGCACGGUCGUCUGGGUCACGGAAGUAGUGGCUAACUCUGCACCUCUAUUCCACGAUGAACUCUUCAAGGAUCGCUUCAACCACACCUUCUGCUUUGAGAAGUACCCCAUGCAGGACUGGGUGGCUGGUAUGAACCUUUACCGCACUUUCCUGGGCUUCUUGGCACCCUGGGGUGUGAUGCUGGCCGCAUAUAGAGGUAUUCUGAAAGCUGUGCGAGGUAACGUCUCAACCGAGGCACAAGAGAAGGCCAAAAUUAAGAGGCUGGCCCUCAGUUUGAUCCUCAUUGUCCUCCUCUGCUUUGCUCCCUACCACGUCCUACUGUUGUGGCGUAGUGUGAUCUUCCUCAGCAACCCCUGUGACUGUGGUGCCGAGGAGGACUUGUUUGGUGCAUAUCAUGUAACUCUAGCGCUCACCAGCCUCAAUUGCGUUGCAGACCCUAUACUGUACUGCUUUGUCAAUGAAGGGGCCCGUAAUGAUGUGGGCCGAGCUCUGGCCACUCUUUUGGGUCUCUUCCAUCGGGGUCAAAAAGAUGCACUGAUGGGGGCAUCCAUCACUGUGGAGACACCCCUGGCAAUGAAGAAGCCAGACUUCUAUGGUGAGGUCAAGAGUAAUGCCUAUAAAUCUGACAUUGAAGUGCUCAAAGAGGAGUGCCUUCAAAUGACCAUUCUCAGUGUUAAGAAGUGAAAUUACUCAUGAGCUUAAAGAGACAGUUCAAUUAAAAAUGAAAAAUUCUGUCAUUUGGUCACCCUCAUGUUGUUUCAAACUGACUUUCUUCCAUGAAACACAAAAGAAGAUGUGCGGCAGAAUGACAGCCUAAUGGCCCUGAUAUACUUUCGGAGAAGAUCUUAUUUGUUCUUCGUUCAGGGGUAAAAAGAAGUUCUAAACAGUCGAGCAACAGUAUACUGUUUCCAAACAUUCAGACACCCGCUACACUGCUGUGUGAGGCGUUUAGAGAAGCAUUAAAAUAUGAGAAUGCUCAGUAAAUCCUAAACUAAUGUGACAUUAAAAUGUGUUAUCAAUGACUUUAUACCUCAUUCUAUAAGCAGAAUUCACAUGAGGUCAGUAAAAGAAGCUGUUUUAACCACUCGAUGAUGAUUUAAAGUGAUAUGUAUGCAGUAGAAAAUUGUAAAUUUUUUCUUGAUUAGAUUCUGAUGCUAAUGCGCUAACACGCUACACACGGACAUAAUAUGGGCCGAUAACACUUUGUUUUACUCUGUUGUUGUAAUUUAUGAUGACACUGACACUACUGCAAAGAUAGGUUUAUAAAAGAGAAUACCGACAAAAGAAUGGUGAUAGAGGCAUAUCUUACUUAAGAAAGAUGUUUGAAUGGAAUUCACUGCAGAUGUCACAUGAGUGAAUGGGCACUUGAGGGUAUUUGAGUAGAUUUGAUUCCUUUUGUAGACUAAUUAAACAAAAAAAUGCAUGAUAUGUUCUUGGAAAACAAAGUAGUAGGUGGAGCUUCAGGUCACACCUACCGAUGACUGGACUAAUGGCAUUAAGAAGGUGUUUAGCAGCCAGGUGAGCUUUUUCAAAUCCAAAAACACAUUCUUUUUGGCCCAAAUUUGUUCUAAAUGACUUCAUACCCAUUCGUUCUUCGAUUUCGUAUGAAGUAUAUCUGUGCCUUGAGUUACCAUGCACUGUCAUUGUAUGGCAAAAAGAUACAAUGAAUGUAAAUUGUAACUGGGACAAACAUACAUUGCCUUUUGUAUUCCAACAUAAGAAAGAAAGUAAUUUUGAUAAACAUAAGGGUGAUAGGCAUAAAUGAUGACAGAAUUUUUAUUUACGGAUAAUUAUCCCUUUAAGUGGUCUCAAGAAAUAUUUCGACACUUAAGCCACACUUUAAACUGUAUGAAUUUCAUUGAAUUGGAACCAAAAUAUCAAACCAAUAACCUUUUAUAGCCAUUUUUACAACUUUUAAUCAACAAAUGUUUUUUGCUGCCUUCAUGUGGUAUUGGAAUUUUCCUACUUCCCACUUCUGAACUGGUCAUUACAAAUACGUCAAGUUCAAGUGAUUUGUUGUUGGAAAGAACAGGAAACAUGGACAACGAAAGGUUUAUUUAUACAUAUUUCAUAAGGAACUUUUAUUUUUACUCUGUAAUACAUAUUACUUUGUUAGCAUGCUGACAAUAAUGGAAAUUUAGUCAAAUAUACAACAUGCAUCAAAUGGUUGCUGAUAUACAUAAAUAUAUAAAACCGAAACGGCAAGCAUUAACAAUUAGCUUUAUUUAGAAAAAUUAUUAAAACCUGUCAUUCACUACAGAAACCGUAGUCUCCUCCACCAUGAUGAAAGUUUAUGACUCCUCCCAUCUCAGAAACUCGUGUAUCAAAAUUAUCUCAGAGUUUACGUGUCGAAAUUAUGAUUUAAGGGGUCAUUCAUGUGCAACGUCCGAGUGAGAAACUCAUAUUUAAAAUAAUUCUGAUAGCACAUGAAGGCACCAUUAGUGAAGGUAUGAAGGUAGUUAAGUUCACACAGAUGCAUCAGAACUAUGGACUUGCUCCACAAACGUAUGACAACCAGAAAGUUUCCAAAUACUUUUUUGUUUUAAUUUUGAACAUUAUAUCAAACCAUAUUAUAAUGACACUUGCUUCAAUUUUUUGUUACAUAAUACAAUGUCAUAUAUACAUUAAGUGUUGCUUAAGUGUAAAUAGGUUUUAGGCCCACUGUAUGUGAAGGUGCACUCCUGAAGAGUACUUUAACAAUAGCUGUGUACCUUAAAUUUUACACAGAAAUGCUGUCUAUAAUAAAAAUCUGAUGUCUUUUAAUUGGAAAUGAGGAUUAGUUCAUGACAGCAAAAUGCUGAUGUUUCCUUCUCCUUUUGAAUGUUUUAUAUGUACGUGUCUGUUCUUUUAGUUUGUGCAGGAAAUAUACUUUGCUAUCCCCGUUUUUACUUACUAAAGCAUUGUUGCUCGUAGCAAGUUUGGUUAUUUAUUUUCCAAAUGUUAUCACGUUUUAGAACGGGGUCCAUGACAAGCCUUAUGAUAUGUCAAUAUUAAAGACCGCAUCUUAAUACACUCUAUAAAUAAAGACUUGAGUAGCUUAACGGGGCCAGAAAAACACAUUUCUCUCUGCUGUCUCAUUUGACAUCAUACUUUCUGAUCAGUGACCCAGAGAAACACAUAAUGGAAACUGUUUCCAAACAGUGGGCUUUGCAGUUGUUUACAUUUUUUGUUCAUUAGUUCUAAAGGUGCCCUAUUUCAGCCUACCAAACUGUAAGUCCUGAAUGUCAGUGAUGAAAAAGUGCAAUGUAAUGGAUUUGCUGUUAUGCCAUCUAAAAUAAACGAUGUCAGUUCUUUUGUGA